GCUACAGCCAGGCGACCUUGAUCGAGCAACUCCGCCCGAACCAGGGAAUUGAUCGGUGCCACAGCUCCUCGCCUGGUGAAACUCAGCUAAUAGCAGGCCGCCAUGAGGGACAAGUCUGUCGGGGGUUUCAAUCAUAGCACCAAAAAAAGUCCCUGAAGCUGUCUGAUUCACGCUCGAAUUGCCGGAGCCUGUCUCGUGUUGCACCAGCUGCCAAUGCUGCAGUAGCCUGCGCUUUGUUCUUUUGCUUUUUUGCCCCCGGUUGUUUUCUUCCUCUUUUGUUAUUUCUUCUCCUCUUCCUCUUCUUCUUUUCUCUCCAUCGUCUUUCGUUUGAUCUCUCUGCCAGCUUCUUUCCUUUGACGAAUCUUUUCAUUAGAACCAUCACGUCUGUCGUUUCUGACUUGUCAAAAUGAAGUUCACUCUUGUUGCUCUGACCUCGCUGCUCGCUCUGGCUGCUGCCCAGGACUCGUCCUCGAGCACCAGCGACGCACCGGCGACCACCCACAGCCCAACUCCCCAGGAGACGUGCUUGCUUGCCUGUGACGAGAAGGACGCCUGCUGCAGAGCCAAGUGCAUGAACGUGCCCUGCCCUAGCGACCAGCAGGCCAACGACACCAACUCUUGCGUUUCCAAGUGUGACCAGGGUGACGGCUCUGAGGCCGAUGCCAAGGCCUAUGCUGAAUGCCAGGCCAAGUGCAUUACCACCACUUUCUUCCCCGCGUCUGCGAGCGCAACCGACUCUGCUUCCAGCACCAGCAGUGGUGAAUCGAGCGCCACCACAACCGGCAGCUCUGACGAUGACAGCGACAGCGACUCCAACAACGAUUCGGAAGCGGCUCUGAAUCCGGCUCUCCUAGCCCGACCGACUCUGGAGAUGAACCCGAUGAGUCCAACGCUGCUGCCAAGCUCGGCGCAUCCGCUGCUGGCCUGGCUAGCUUCCUUAUCGCUGCCUGGGCUCUGUAAGCAGCUCCUCCCAGCGCAUUGGGUUACACGCAUGAUGUGAAAAUGCAGUGUGACUAGGUACAUGAGAGACGGUGGAUGCGAUUUGUUUACCGGCUACUUACAUAGUCUUUACUUCUCUGUUACUGUAAUAAUCAUCUGAGCUUCGAUACCAUAAUACUUAUUUGAACAAGUUG